AUGCUCCGGCCCUCGCCCCACGUCCCCCUCCCUGUCGAGCUCGAGCCGCUCGUCCCCGCAUCCCUCCGUGAGUGCGCCCGCGACGCGCCGUUCCUUGCGCCCGCGGACCGUGCCGUCGCUGUCCACGAUGACUGGGAAAAGACGCGCGACACGCUCGAGGUCGUCAUCGCGCUCGACGCGAGUCCGGACGUGUGGAUGGAGGCGAAUGGGUGGAAGACGGAGGGCGUGAAGGAGGUUUCGAGGUGGAAGUAUCUGGAGAAAGAGAACAAGGCGAAUAGGCGGGAGUGAGGUAUCUGCGUGGCGAGGGGAUUAUCAGGUCAGGAGCAAUAGCAGUCUGCACGCAUCCUUGUAUUAUACGGUGAGCUUCGUGUCCGGGGCUCCGUCGUUAAUCAACGGAUACUUUGCAUUGA